AUUUUCUCGCUGAGUGUUGGAAGUUGCUGUGGCUUGGUUUUACUCUUUACUGUUUAUUGAAAAUUUCCAGUAAAAUUCGUGAAAAAGUUAUCAGUCAGGUAGCUAUCAGAAACGAUGUCGCAGCGCUUUCCUCCGGCUGGUCCAGGCGGUGCUCCUGGCGCACCCGGACCACAGCGCUAUCCCCCUUCGCCGGCAGGACAGCCAACCCAGCCUCCACCGGGAAUGCGUCCGUACGGACCGGCCAAUAACUUUCCGCCUCGCGGAUAUACUCCUCCACCCCAAAUGCCUGGUGGGCCACCGCCACAAAAUCCACCACCGAUGCACCAACGUCCGAUGCAACCAACAUUCGGCCAGGGUAGCAACAUGCGUGGUUCGCCGAUGCCAAGCGGAUCAUCGAGCGGAAGCAAGCGUCCGGCUGACAAUCGAAGCGCCAUCAGUCAGCCGCCCGCGAAAACUGAAUAUCCCGCCAAGAAGAAGAAGAAGCUAGCGGACAAGAUUCUGCCUCAGAAGGUGCGCGAUUUGGUUCCGGAAUCGCAAGCGUAUAUGGACCUGUUGGCAUUCGAGAGAAAGCUGGAUGCCACCAUCAUGCGCAAACGUUUGGACAUUCAGGAAGCUCUGAAGCGUCCGAUGAAGCAAAAACGCAAGCUGCGUAUUUUUAUUUCCAACACAUUCUACCCGAGCAAGGAGACCGAAGGCGCUGAUCCGGGGUCGGAAAGUUCGGUAGCUUCCUGGGAGCUUCGGGUCGAGGGUCGCCUGCUGGAAGACAACAAAUCCGACCCGAACAAGAUUAAACGUAAAUUUUCCAGCUUUUUUAAAUCGCUGGUCAUUGAGCUGGACAAGGAACUGUACGGACCGGAUAAUCAUCUGGUCGAAUGGCACCGUACCCAUUCCACGCAGGAAACCGACGGUUUCCAGGUGAAGCGUCCCGGGGAUCGCAAUGUGCGCUGCACAAUUCUUUUACUGUUGGACUAUCAACCGUUGCAGUUUAAAUUGGAUCCACGUUUGGCCCGUUUGCUCGGUGUUCACACCCAAACCAGACCGGUCAUAAUAUCCGCCCUUUGGCAAUAUAUUAAAACGCACAAACUACAGGAUGCCCAUGAACGGGAAUAUAUUACUUGUGACAAGUAUCUCGAGCAGAUUUUCGGCUGUCAGCGCAUGAAGUUUGCUGAAAUUCCGCAGCGUUUGAAUCCUCUGCUGCACCCACCGGAUCCAAUUGUUAUCAACCAUGUGAUUACCGUUGAAAGUGGCAUGGAAAGCAAGCAAACUGCUUGCUAUGAUAUUGAUGUCGAGGUGGACGACACACUUAAGAAUCAAAUGAAUAACUUCUUGCUGAGCACGGCUUCCCAGCAGGAGAUUCAAACGUUGGACAGCAAAAUCCAUGACACCGUCGAAACUAUCAAUCAGUUGAAAACGAACCGGGAAUUUUUCCUUAGCUUCGCUAAGGACCCGCAAACAUUUAUCCACAAGUGGAUCGUCUCGCAGACGCGUGAUCUCAAAACGAUGACCGACAUCGUCGGAAAUCCGGAGGAAGAGCGUCGGGCCGAGUUUUACUACCAGCCGUGGACACAGGAGGCCGUCUCGCGCUACUUCUUCACCAAGGUCAACCAAAAGCGUGCCGAGCUGGAGCAGGCUCUCGGAAUCAGAAACUCCUAGAAUCGGCCGGACGGGACCCAGGAGGAACCGAGCGAACUGCAAGGUUAGGGCCCCGAACUGGGUCGGGUAUGAUAUUUGUUCUUUUUUCCCGUCGUGCAUCAGAGCAGUGCAGCGAGCGCAGUUUCUUUUAAGGUAAGGCAUUUCACUGGUGUUUUGACAAGAUUUGAGACGAUGGCGCGAGCUGCGUUUUCACCUUUAGACGUUCAUUUACGACGGUAACAACCUAGAUUGUAGAAUUCCGAAUCUUUUCGAUCGAUGUGGUGAGAGGUAAUUAAAUAUUGCAUAACGUAAACUAUACCUAUACAAUAAAGUUUGCUCUAGACGUUAGAAUAUCAA